UCCCAACCCUGUGCUCUGCAAGUGUGUUUUCUUCAAGUGGAUAAAAUUAAUCUAAUAAAUGUUUAAAGUUGGCCAUUAGCUCAAUUGAAAAAAGUUAACCAACAACAAGAAGCAGAAGAAGAAGAACAGCAGUAGUAGCAGCAGCGACGGACUCGACAAAGUAUGCAAAUAUGGAUUUCCACAUACUGAUCGUCAUCGGUUGCGUCUUCUUGGCCUCUUUCGUAUCGUUUCUGUUCAUCAACAAGAUAUUUCGGCGCAAGACAUUCGAAGAGGUGGUGGCGGAAAAGCGUGCCCUCAAUGCCAAUCUGUAUGCGCAGAAUAAGUCUGGAAAUGCGACGGCACGAAAGCCCAAAAAGAAGGAGCUGAAGCGUGAGAAGAAACAGCGCCAGCGCGAACAGCAAAGGGAUGCCAACAACGAGGCCGAGGAAGACUACUCCGAUGGUCAGUCCGAGGAGCAGGCUUCUGUGGAGGAUGACGUCCAAGGUCCUGGCUUGUCUAAGCACCAUGUCGAAUUCGAACCCGAGCCCGAGGUGGUGAACUACAAUGAGGAGAAGGCACAGCCACAAUCGCAACGGCGUGCCAGCAAUGCGGAGAAGGAGAAUCAACAUGCUGCUGGCAACAAAAAGGGCAAGAAGGACAAACGCAAUGGCAACAAAGCAGCUGUGGGCAUAUUGGUGAACAAAAACGAACCUGUCGCCGUCAAACCAGUGGCUGAAGAGACGCCAACACUCAAUCACUUUGAGACGCGUGCCCCCAAGGAUAUUGUGGAGCUCAAAAAACACGAGCAGAAGGAACGCAAGGAGGACAACAACAACAAGCAGCAGGCCAAUAAGCGCGAAAAGAAUGGCAACGCUGGCGGAGGCAACAAGAAGGAGAAAACCACAGCAACCGCCGUAAUUAGCGCCGCCAUCGAGCAGCCCGUUGAGGUGCCGCACGUGCCCAAACAGGUCCUUAAACAGCAGCAGCAGCAGCAACAACAGCAGCAAAGUGGCUCUCCAAAGGCGCAGCACAACAAUGCCAACAAUAAAACCAAGAAAGAACAGCAGCAGCACGCCAAAAAGCAAAAGGAAACGCUUGCUGCCAAGGACCUCGUUCAGGCACUCGAUAAGUUGGCCGAACAUCAAACGAUUGGCGUCUCAGCGCUCAUGAAUGUGUUCUCACGCGCCGAAUUGAAUCGCUCCGAGAUCCAAAUACUCAUUGAUUAUUUGCUCAACAAGCAACAAGACAUGCCCGCUUCGCAUGCCGAAUGGUCCGAUGAUAUUUGCCAGAAACUUAAGCGCCAGCUCGAGGAGAAAGAGAAGCUAUUAGCCGAAGAACAGGAAGCCUCCAUCGGCAUACAGGCUAAGCUGCGUGAAUUGCGCACCGAAAUCAACACCGAACGCGCUCAAAUGCACAGCCGCUUGCAGGCGUUCCAGAACAAGGAACAGGAGCUGAACUCGCUCAACCAGGAGCUAGCCGCCACUAACGAGAAACUGACACUCGAGCGGCAACAGUUCCAGGCCAAGUUGCUGCGUGAGAAGCAAGCCAGUUCGCAGGAUCUGCUGCCACAGCUGCAGCACCUGCAGCAGGAGCUGGCACUCAAGGAGAAGGUCAUCGCGGAAAUGACGUCCUUCGUCAAUGCCGAGUCCCAGCAGAAGAACGAACAUCUGCAGAAUCAGGCCCAGCAGAUUCUGGCGCUCGAGCAGCAACGCGACGAACUCGAACAGCGUCUCAAUAACAGCAUCUUCGAGCUGGAGCAGCGCAAGCAGCUCGAAACGGAGAAUGCCGAACUCAAAGUCGAGCUCCGCAACCUUCACAAUGCCCUCGAAUCGGCUAAAGCCGAUUUGGCGCAAACACAGACAGCCGCGGGUGCGGCCCAAAGCGAGCUCUCCCACUCGCGUGCCGCACACUCUGAGCUGCAGGAUCUGCGUCAGCAAUUCAAUGCCCUCGAGGCUAGCAAUGCGGCUCUCAAGCAGCAGGUGAGUCAGAGCCAGGCCGACACAGCCGCCGUGCAACAGUCGGCGGCACAAACGGAACAGGCGCAGGCGCAAUGCGAGGCUCUGAGUGCGACACUCACGCAAAAGGAGCAACAGUUGGAUGCGUUGCAGGCGCAGGUCCGCACUCUCAACGAUGCCCAAACGGCUCAGCAGCAAAAGACCGAUAUACUGCAGUCUCAGUUGCAGGACGCCCAGACACGGGCCGAGCAACUGCAAGGCAAGGAGCGCCAACUCCAGCAGGAGUUGCAGGAGCAGCGCGAGAAGAAUAAUGAUCUUCGUAUGAAAAAUUGGAAGUUGAUUGAAGCGUUGCAAAAUGCCGAAGCAACAACAAAGCUCCUAGCUGCAACAACAACAACAACAGCAGCAACAGCAAAGGCGAAAACAAACACACAAAGCAUAGCCCAACAACAGACUCAACUGCAGCAACAGGAGAAGGCAUUUGCUGCUGCCAAUGGCGGCCUGAAUGCGUCCGCUCAUGGUGGCGUGAGCGCGGGCGCCGGCACAGCAAAGGCUGAACAGCAACGCAUUCGUGAGCUUUACGAGCGUCUGUAUCCGGAUGCUGUCAAGGCACUCGCCGCCACGGCCCUCAACGCCUCCUUCGACGACUGGCUGGAACAGGUACUGGCCACUCAGAUCAAGCAGGCGCAGAGCAAGGCCACCAAUGGCAGUAGUAAUAAGUCCACACAAUCAACAAAUAGCAGCAGUCCCAACAGCAGCAACGACAGCAGUAGCAAUAAUCAUCAUAGCACCCACAGCAACAGCAACAAUAUUAGCAAUAAUAGUAGUUUGAAUAGCAAUGCUUCCGCCGAGCAGGAGGAGCUGCGCACACAAAACCUACAGUUGCGUCAGCACAAUGAUGAGCUCACGCAACUGGUCACAAAAACGAGUAGCACGCUCUUGGAGCUGGAGAAGCGGGCACGCGAACAGGACGAGCACUGGCGGGGUCUGGUGAGCCAAAAGGAGCUACUCAUUGAAACGCUGCAGCAGCGUGCCUCAAAUGGUGAACAGGACAUUUAAUGUCGACGCUGUCUAAUAACAAUAUUUAAAAAAAACAACGAUAUUGACAAGAGGAACAGCUUUGCGGCAGCGACUUGUCUAACUUCCAGAACAACAACAACCAAUAACAGCAACAACCACACAACAGUAACAACAACAAUUCUAACAAUUUAUUAAGUUUAAAGUUUAAUAUUAUGAAGUGAAAUGAAAUCUGAAAAAUUGAAAAUACCACAACAGCCACAUUUAACAUUUUAAAUUAGUAAACCAGAUAGAAGGAUGAAAUGAGAGAAAUGCUUUAACAAAAAACUAUACAUAAAACUAAAAGAGUAAAAACAAAA